AUGGUGCUUCGCAGAUCAGCUAGGAUUGCGGCCAAGGAAAAGAAGAAGGAAACAAGUCAACAACCUGACUUGUUUACUGACGAAGUUGGCCACGCGAAGAAGAAAGCCCUCCCCGAGGUUUCUUUAAAGGAGGUGAAAGAAGCGCCGUACGUCGAAAUUAUCACCAGCAAAGAAAGUCCAGAAGUGUUCGUUCAACUCUCUCCUCCCGAAACCUUCAAUGACAAGGAAAUUCCCGGAAAUUCCGUUGAAAAAGACAAAUCAAAGAACAGAACAAAGUUUACUCAAAGAACAUCAAAAGAAAUUGUUCAGCAUUCGGACGGAAGCAAGAGCAUAUUCGAGCCGAUCAAUUUAGAGUGGCUACAAGGUUUACAAGAUAGUGCAGUCGACGAUUCAGAUAAAACAAUUACAAUCACUUUCAAAGCUCCAAAAGUAGAAUACAAGCCAAGAGGAAUUACCAAAAUCGAACGAACAAUACGGCAUAAUAUUCACAAAACCCACCUGCUAACAUUACUUGCUAAUGGGAUGAUUAGGAACGAAUGGUGUAAUGACCAAUUGACUCAGGCUAUGGCUUGUUCAUUAAUUGAGCGCGACAUGUUAGCUCUUUUUGAUAAGGCACUUAAACCGAAUGAUAGUUCUCGUGGUCAUUUACUGAUCACCGCAUUGCAAGAAUUAUGUGAUUGGUGGAAAAAAUAUUUCAUUAUUUCCAAACCGGGAAUUUGUUCUAGAGAAUAUCACGAAUUUGGUACGAAAGGACUUGUUGAGGAUGACGAAAAAUUUCCUGAUUCCCUCAAGUCAAUAAAGUCUUUUCGAAAAAGCCUUAAAGUUGGUGAAGGAAGUCGUGACACGUCUGCUCAAUUAUUCGUUGCGUUACUGAGGUCUUUCGGGAUUUCUGCUCGACUUGUAUGUUCUUUACAAGCAGUCUCCUUCAGAUUUGCGCGCAAGAACAAUUCCUGCGGUGUUGGAUCAACGGAUCAAGAUAGGAAUAAUAAAAGCAAAAAGCAAAGUAGUAGUAGCAAAAGGAAGGAAAGAGAUGACGACGACUAUAACCCUUUCAUAAAGAAGCAAGCUGUUUAUUCACGGAAGUCUCGUAACGUGUCAAAUAGUGUCCAACCAAAAUCGUUUCCUAGACAUUAUGUACACGACCCCAAUUCUCCACCAAUUUUCUGGUGCGAAGUAUAUUUUGCAGUUCACCAAAAAUGGUUGUGUGUUGAUCCAAUUCGGGCGUUCGUGAAUAGACCGAAAGCGAUGGAGCCUUCUUCCACAGAUAAGAAUAAUGUUAUGGCAUAUGUAGUGGCAUUCGAACAAGAUGGCUAUAUUAAAGAUGUCACUCGUAGAUAUACAGCGCAAUGGGGUGCAAAAACUCGUAAAUUGCGAAUACCCAGUACCAAAGACGGUUACAAUUGGUGGGACGAGACGUUAGCAUAUUUUUCGCGUCCGUAUGAGAGGGAGCAAGAUCUAUUUGAAGACGCGAAUUUACUAUCCAUGGAAACCUCUGAACGUAUGCCCACCACUAUUAGCGCUUUUCAUAACCAUCCUUUGUAUGCCCUUGAACGCCACCUAAAAAAAUUUGAAAUAAUUAUUCCUAAGCAACCAAUACUUGGACGUAUUCGAGGAGAACCGAUAUAUCCGCGUAGGAAUGUCAAACAGUUACAUACCGCGGAAACUUGGUUGAGAGAAGGUCGACAAGUGAUGGAGGGUCAGCAACCAAUUAAACACGUAAAAUCACGCAUAUAUACUAUGGCAAAACGAAGGGCCGCAAACAUGGCUGAAUUGUUUAACGAGGAACCGCCUGAGUCUGGCCUUUAUGGAGAAUGGCAAACCGAACUUUAUAAACCGGACCCUGUUGUAAACGGAAAGGUGCCAAAAAAUCAUUAUGGAAACGUAAAUUUAUUCAAACCUUCGAUGUGUCCACCGGGUGGUGUUCACCUUCCAUAUAACGGGAUAGGAAGGAUUGCGAAAAAGUUUGGCAUUGAUUACGGUGAAGCAGUGGUUGGAUUCGAUUUUCAAUCUCAACGAUGUGUUCCAGUGGCGAAAGGCGUUGUUGUUCCAGAAGAGCAUGCUGAAAUGUUGUUGGAGGCAUGGCAAGAACAUUGUAGAAACGUCGAAGCAACGAAUGAAGCAAAAAGGUUAAAAGAAAUAUAUGAUAGCUGGAGAAAACUUAUAUUAGGCGUACAAAUUCGACAGAGAUUAAAAGACGAUUACGGAGAAAAAUUUGAAGAAAUCAUUCCUUUGGAAGAUGAAGAAGAGGAGGAGAACGAAUUUUACCAUGGAGGAGACACAGAUGAAGAAAGGAUGGAUGAAAAUGAUCCCGAUGCUAAAUACUGUGGUGAAGACAAAGUUAUUGUAGAGACUGAAGAUGAUUAUAUCGGCUCGAAAGGUGAUAAAAAAGCUUGUGAAGAGUUGUCUGUCAACUUCGAAGCAGAAGUAGAUCCUAUUGAGGAUGCGCACCUUAAAGAAGAUACUAAAGAUCGUGGUAAAGGAAACGAUAUUGAUAUGAUCGACACUUCAAGUUUUGUUGAAGAAUCUAGUGAUGAGAAUUCUUAUGUUCGCAACAAUACUUCUGACGAUAUUCCUGACGACGGGAUUUCAACUGAAGAUGAAGACAUGGCCGAUAAUCAUGUGUUCUAG